UGCAUACCCGCCGCAAAUGAAGGAAGAUGAAUGAAGCAAAUGGCUAGCUAGCUUGAUUGUAGGUAGCGUCAGUACCAUCAACACAUGAAUGGUUAUUUAUAUGCUGGAACAAGAAACCAUGGAUUAAUAAAAAAUAGUCUUGGAGUUGCUUAGAGGGACCAGCACUUGGACACAGUAUGUUUCCCAAAUAAAUUAAGUUGGAAAGCUAACUGAUCCAAGAGUAGUUUGCUAAUAACAGGCAUUAGCAUGCCCGGGAAGGAGUCAUCUGCGGUGGAUGCAAGAUUGGAGCUGUUAACGUUAGUUGAACCAACUGAUAGCACACCAAUUCGAUGGCACCAUGUACCUGAACCCUAACCACCCCAUGAAGUCCUGCUGCAACAGCAGCAGCAUCACUGAACUGCUGGGUGCCCUGUGCGACUGCAGCCUGUCUGGAGUGUCAUGGAAACGCCGUGCCCUGCGGACAGUCUCAAGAGAAGAUUUCCGCAGAGCUCUCAAGAAGCGUGCCUAUGGUGCCCUGCUGUCUAAACUGUUUCAAGAUGGCACAAAAGGGUUUACCUCAGGAUCAAGUGCCACAACUAAUACACCACCCAGAAACAAAGUCCUGAUGAUAUGUUUUGACUUGCGAGUGGCAGGGUGCAGAGAGGAAGCAGAGAGGUUGGAGGAACAGCUGGGCAGGUUGCCGGAGGGAGCAUCCUCUGGCCUGAAGGAAGUAGACGCAGUCCUUGAGCUUCUUGUGCACCUAGCUGGUUCAGCACCUCCACCUCCUACCUCUUUCAGCAGGGACUACAUGAGACGAGAGCGGCCCGUGCUGCGGAGGCCUCAACCCUGGGGCUACCAGUGUGAGGAGCUUCAGAGGUUAGAGGCUCGUGCAUGGGGACUAAUAUGUGGAGAGGAAUGGGGGACUUUGGAGAGUUUGUGUGGAACUCAGAGGUUGAUGGAUGCCCCUCCGGGUACAGGAUUGCUGGCUCUGAGGACUAAAUUGGAAGUGGAAGAAAGAUUUGAGAAGGAGACCAGGAUGACGCUGUUUGGAGCUCUGCAACACACUCGCACUUCAGACAUAGACAUACGACUGGACCUGCCUCCUGUUCCCAGUAAUAUUGAUAUAACUGGGUUGGCUAUCAGGGUCCCCCCCUGUUUAGAUCAGUCUGAGGAUGAGGGAUUCCAGUCAGCCUCUAACCUAACCCCAGACUCUCAGUCAGAGCCCAGCCCCAUUCCAGACAUUGAUAUAUGGGAGGCUGUCCGUACAUUUGAGCCUGGAAGACGCCGCUGUUGGGAGUCUGUUGGCUGCCCACCAGGGAAAAGGGAGUCUCUUUAUCUAACAGAAGGAGGAAGGGAGGCUUUCGACCAGCUAUAUCGUCUAUGCGAGGGGGAGAUGAGGGUGGUGAGCACAACUACACCCUCUCCUAUCCUUCUGCUGCCCCUGGACUCCCAGACACAGUUGGUGUCUGACCUCCUUAAUGUCCUGAUUGGAGUGGCAUCCACAACCUUCCCUCUUAACCAGAGUGUUCAGUUUGAUGUCAGACCUGGUGUUUGCGUGUCGGGAGCCUCUCCAGAGAGCGUUUCUCGUCUUUUGGGGGAGCUGGCCCAGUAUGGUACCUACUACUUGAGGCUUAGCCACUUCUCUCUGCAGAGUGCUGACAAGAAGGGCCUAGUCUUCCAGGCUUUUACAGGUGGUCUGCAGAAGUACCUGCAUUACUACAGGGCAUGUGUUCUUAGCACUCCACCCACUCUCAGCCUGUUGACUGUUGGUUUCCUCUUCCGCAAAGUUGGCCGCCAACUCAGGUACCUGUCAGAGCUGUGCUGUGUAGACAGGCCUUUGGGUACAAGCCAGGCUACCUUCCCUGUGGGUGUUAAACUGCUGUCCUACCUGUACAAUGAAGCACAGAAUAACUGCAGCAAUGAGAACUAUCCAGUCCUGCUGUCGCUGCUGAAGAGCAGUUGUGAACCUUAUACACGGUUUGUGUCAGACUGGGUGUAUAGUGGCUUGUUUCGAGAUGUUUAUGGUGAAUUCAUGAUUCAGGUCAACGAAGAGUACCUCGGUUUCAGAGACAAACACUUCUGGGUUCAAGGCUACACUCUGAUCUCAAUGGAUGUGGAGGACUGUGUUCCGAUCUUCCUGAGACACAUCGCCAAUGACGUGUAUGUCUGCGGAAAGACCAUCAACCUCCUCAAGAUCUGCUGUCCACAGCACUACAUCUGCUGGUCGGAGCUGCCCAUGCCUCGCAUUGCUGUCACUUUCUCCCUACAGGAGGUGGAGGAGAUUGAAAGGGACUGUGCUAUAUACCGCGGGCGCAUGGAGAGGAUUGCUAAGCACAGUGCCAUCAGCAGGGAGGAGCAAGCCCUGCGAACAGAACGAGCACGCCAGGAGCUGAUCAGUCAGGUCAGAGAGUCAGCGGCCAGAACCCUGGAGAGCAUCCGUGGGCGCCAGGUGUCACAACGUCUGGCUGAGGAGGCCAAGAAGAGGGAGCGUUUUGAGGAGCUGAAGCAGCACCUGGAGCAGGAGCAAGAGUGGCAAAAUGCAGCCAAGAAGAAGCAGGAGGAGGAUGACUUCAGCUUUGCCAGAGAACUGAGGGACAGAGAGAAGAGACUACAGGCUCUGGAGGAGCAGCUGGAGCAGAGAGCCAGGAAGGAACUGAUUGCUCAGUACAGCCGUCUGUCAGAGGAAGCAGCCUGCAGAGAGAGACGGGCCAUGUGGAAGGUGCAGCGAAUGAGACUUUACGAAACCCGUGCUCAGUUCUUCAUGCAUGACAAGCAGCAGACUCAGGCACUACUAGAGAAAUACCCCUUAGGCCAGGGGAGACCUCCUGUGGAAGUGUUGCCAUCUGUUCCCUCACUACAACAGACUGUACCACAACUAACACUGGAGUCUCCCACUCAGAAGCCAUCUGAACAGCAGCCAGCAAAUACUGAAGAAUCUGAUGCUGUAUCACCACCACCAGACCCAUCUUCAUGUACUCUCACCCCCUGUAGAGCAGACACUGCUCUCAUCUCUGAGAACAUUGAUAUCAAUGAUCUUCUCCCCAAGUCACCAAAUCUUGACGGUCAGCAGGUUGAUAUGGCCCUACAAGACAUUGGCUCUGACCUACCUGAAGCCUGCCCUAUAGCACAGCUUGUUGACUAUGACUUCAGUGCCCCCUUUAGUCCACUUGAGGGUAUCGCUGGGCAGUCCUCAGCCCAGCCCCGCUCUCGCUGGGGACCUGCAGUCCACCCUGACUUGAUUCACAUCUCACAGAAUAUGUCUGAAGUACAGGAGAAUGGCCCAAAAGCCACUCCCUUUGGUCAUGUGUCCAAAUCCAGCUUUCCUCCAGGCCAGUAUACCCCAGAGGAGCCCGAAAAUACAUCAAGUGUUUACAGACCGCCCUUGCCAGCCUCAGUGCUGCUGCUAGAUGGUGGUGGCUCAAACAUGAUCCACAAGCAAGAAAGAGUUGCAUCUAUGCCAGAACAGGGCACUGAAAUGGGGAUUUUGGAAAGUAAAUUUGAUGCAAAAGAAGAUGAGAUCAAAUCUGUCGGGGAUAAAAAAGAAGAUGGUGUUGUUGACAUUGCCCUUUCUACUACAUCAGAGCAAGGCCUUGAUAAUGGUGACAGCAAAGUUGUAAGUGUUUCUGACUGUGGUGUUACAUCACUUGAGGCAACAUCGGAUUCUCAGGAUAAAGCUGGUGAAACGAAUUCUUUGACACACAUUCAUGGUCAUGUCUCCAGUGCACACCUAAAGGUUGGAGACCUGGUUUCAGGCAUUGUUGCCCCUCAACCUUUACAGAGCAUCCAUGGACAUCCCUCUGCUGCUCACAUAAAGGUUGGUCAGUUUGUAUCGGAGAUAACUGCUCCUCUGCCUUCACCUAAUUUAGUUCAUGGUCACGCCUCAGAUUCGCACAUCAAGAUUGGAGAAUAUGUAUCAGAAGCUGAUGCUUCUCUACCUUCCUCCAGUGUUUAUGGCCACUCUUCUGAUGCUCACAUUAAAGUUGGAGAAAAUGUUUCAGAAUUCUUUACCCCUCUUCCUGCUCCGAAUGUUCACGGUCAUACCUCAGAUGCUCACAUCAAAGUUGGGGAGCUCGUUUCAGAUGUAGCUGCACCACUUCCUAUUCCUAGUAUCUAUGGUCACUCAUCCGAUGCUAAUAUCAAACUGGGUGAGUUUGUGUCCAACAUAACUGAAUCGAGACCUCGUUGGAGUAGACAUGGGCACGCCUCAGACUGCACACUUCAACUAGGAUGUGUAGUAUCUGGAGCUGAACCAGCUUUGUCCCCUUUGCCUGGAAGUUCUUAUGGUCACUCCUCAGACUCAACAUUAGGGAUUGGAUGUGUAGUUUCAGGAGAUGGAGCCAAACAUUAUCCUCUGCCUGGAAGUUCUUAUGGUCACUCCUCAGACUCAACAUUAGGGAUUGGAUGUGUAGUUUCAGGAGAUGGAGCCAAACGUUAUCCUCUGCCUGGCAGUGCUUAUGGUCAUUCAUCAGACUCAACAUUAGGCAUUGGAUGUGUUGUGUCCAAAAAGGCACCAGUUCCUUCACCUCUACCAAGCAGCGCCUACGGCCACUCCUCUGAUUCAACGCUGGGCGUAGGUUGUGUGGUUUUGGGCAUGGAGCCGAAAGCCUCUGCACUACCAGGGGGUGCUUAUGGCCACUCAUCAGACUCUUCACUUGGCGGUGGAUGUGUGGUGAAGAGUAAAGGUGGAGAUCAGCAGAAAACCGAGGGCAAUGAAGAUAGUAAAGCUUCUAAGCCAGAGAACCUUGGUGAGCAGCUGGUAGAGGGCAUGGGGUCCUGGGCAGCCGGAUUCAUGUCCCCUGGAGAAAAAUCUGAGAAAGAAUACCUGUUGGCUUUGUCUGCUCAGUAUGAGGUGGAACACUAUGAAGACUGCUACAACCUAAUCGCUUCAUCCCCUGAGUGUCAGAUGCUGAAGCAGGUAACCCGGGGACCCUGGGGCCUUCCUAUGGACCCCACGCCACACAGAGCUACAGACACCACUGCUGUCCAACUCAGCGAGAUGGUUUCCCUGCCAGUUUUAAUAAAACACUCUGUCACUGCCCCGCUCAUCACACAUGUAUCUUUAGUGAACAAGGCUGUGGUGGACUACUUCUUUGUGGAGUUGGGGGUGGAAAGACACUUUGAAGCGUUGCGCCACUUCUUGCUGAUGGAGGAUGGCGAGUUUGCACAGUCCCUCAGCGAUCUGCUCUUCGAAAAGCUGAGCAGUGGGCAGACGCCCGGUGAGCUUCUGACCCCCCUGGUCCUGAACUCCAUCCUCAGUAAAGCCCUGCAGUACAGCUUACAUGGGGACACCCCCCUGGCUAGCAACUUCACCUUCGCCCUACGCUUCCUCCCAGAGACCUUCUACCCACACGCCCCUGACUCUCUCAACUGUUUGGAGCUCCGCUACAAGGUGGACUGGCCGUUGAACAUCAUCAUCACAGACAGCUGCAUGAACAAGUACAACCGUCUGUUUUCCUUCCUGCUGCAGCUCAAUAUGGUUUGGAGCCUCCGUGAUGUCUGGUUCCAUCUCAAGAGAACAGCGCUGGUGAAAGGUGCAGGUCGCUCUGUGCAGUUCCAUCAGCUGCAGCUGUACAGACAUGAGAUGCAGCAUUUUGUCAAGGUGAUACAGGGAUACAUCGCCAACCAGAUCCUGCAAGUGUCCUGGAGCGAGUUCACAGCCAAGCUGGCCGCAGCCAGCGACCUGGACGCCAUCCACCGCACACAUGCAGAUUAUCUCAACAGAGCCAUCUUCAGGGGUUUGCUGACAGAGAAAGCAGCACCGGUCAUGAACAUCAUCCACAGCAUCUUCAGCCUGAUCCUCAAGUUCAGGGCCCAACUGAUUGCACAGCCCUGGGACAGCCAGCAGGGGGAGGCGGUGCACCCCAGCUUCAUUGCCAUGCAGCAGUCAUACAAUACCUUCAAGUAUUACUCUCACUUCCUUUUCAAAGUGGUGACCAAGCUGGUGAACAGAGGAUACCAGCCUCAUUUAGAGGACUUCCUUCUCCGCAUCAACUUCAACAGCUACUACAAAGACUCCUGAGCCGUGUGUUGGUGUGUAAGUUAUACAUGAGCUUAUGUGACAGUUUCAUGAGGCAGGCUAUUUGGUUUUACUUAGCCAAUCCACCACCUGUGUACCAUAAAUGUUUACAUUUUAGAGUCACUUCUAAGACAAAUUAUUUUGAGAUUCUUACAUUAAACCACUUGUGCUGUAUGUUAGGCAUGGAUUUGACACUGAAUCCACAUCAGGCAAUCAGCCUGCUUGUACACUUUGUAUGCCUUCAGAGUUUUAAUUGAGCUGAAACUAGCACUUAGUGCCUCCCAUGUUCAGACAUACUUCUGGCUGUAUAGAUUUUAAAUGCAUAUAAAUUAAAUGUGUGUAAGUGCAAAAAUGCUGUUUAAGAAAUGCUCUAUCCUUUGAUGCUUAUCCUGAAGUUUUGUGAUGUAAAAAAAAAAACAUUUACCCAAGUAAGAAAAAAAUCAUUUAUUAAAGAUUGCAUGUUAACAUUGGUUUUUAGAAAACUAGGACAAAUUAGGUGCAAAUGCUUACACGUAAUGGAUUCUGUCAAGUUCGGCCAUUUACAGGAAGAAAGAGGGUGAGAAAAUGCAGUUGUUAUAUUACAGAAAUUUAUUUUCUACACCAUGAGUACCAGGUUUUUCCAUCACUUACAACGCAAAAAUAUCAAGACUAUGCAGUACCGCUGUAGUAGGUGUAAUGAGCUGCAGCAGACAGAUUUGGGUUCUUGGCUUGAUGGAUAAGCUGGAGAAACUCUUUUCACCAACUGAGCCAUCAAUCAAAGGACCACUACAGACACUUACUUGUGUAGUUUGUUAAACUCAGGAAAAACAUCCAAGACUCUUGUAGGCUGGUGCAGUAACCUUGUCCUGUAGUUUUUAAUAAUUUAACUGAAAUGUAACCAUCACUUAAGGAAGAAGGGCAAGUCUCCUGGAUGGACUAAAAUUUCCCUGCCAAUAAAACUUAGAUCAGGCAAGGGAAAUAAGUGGUCAUGUUUGACAUUUGGGAAGUUGUUUACAUCAGGUUAUGUGUCAGACUACUCUUGGCUCUAGCCACAUGAAGAACAGUUUGCAUCUGACAAGCUGUUUCCUGCACCCUCCACUACCAGACCAAAGGUUUGGACACAUUUUCCUACUGCAUUCAUUCAAUGUGAAAAUGUGUUGUGUGGUGGAGCUUGCUUUAAUUUAGUUAUGUAUACAAUUUGACUUCAUAAAAUCCUUCUAUCUAGGCUAGGGUUAAACUUGAAACUAUUACUGGCUGCAGCCAAAAAAUAAUCAGACACAUAAUCAAUUUAACAAUGAAUUGGCAGCUUUACCAUUUGACAUACUCGGUCAAUGUAUCAAUCAUCUCAUCUACCCUUGUAAGAAAGUCAAAAUGUGCAUUUCCCCAAAUGUCAAAAUUAUUCUUUUAGUUACAACAGCUACUGUCACAAGCAAUCCACAUGAUCAUUACUGAUUAUUUCAGCACUGGAGCAGGCAGUUGUACAUGAAAUAGUCACACUUUAUCCUUAUUGAACACGUUUCUGCCAGUAGAAAAAGCAAGCGGACAAAAGCAGAGUGUUCCACACAACGUAACCUUCACGAUUAACGUCAGGUCAAUGGCUUUGACCCAGUCUGUAUUGCACAGUACAAAACGUAUUCACGUAGUGCAUCGUGGGCUUCCACUGUCCAUUGAGAUCAGUGGUGCAGCUGGAAUGAGCUGAAAAGAAAAAACUGCAUGUGCAGAUCCACAGAGAGGAUUUUGCAGAUCAAUUGCUGUCUCUGCUGUUUUGAUUAGCAUUCAUAAAUUUGAGCAAAGA